UCUUUUCUGAAUGAUUAAGCCAGGCUUCUUGAAACAUUUCACUAGCAAGCAGAGCCAUGACAAUCUUCUAACAACAAAGUGAAUGAGAAAUACAUGUAGUCCAGUCUCUGAAGUCAUAUAAUCUGCUGUAAAAAAAACAAAAAAUGGGAAAAGGAAAGAGUGACCAUCCCAAAGAUGUGAAAAGAAAAGAAGAGGCAAAGAUGCAACUCAAAAGAAAUAUAGGUUAUUUUGAUGGAGUAAGUUUUAUUAUAGGAUCUAUAGUAGGGGCAGGGAUCUUUGUGUCUCCCACGGGAGUGUUAAAAUACUCCUUGCUUAACGUCGGUGUUGCACUUACGAUCUGGACUGCUUCUGGGCUAGUUUCUCUGCUGGGUUCCCUCUGCUACGCCGAGCUGGGAACGGCUCUGCCAUUAUCUGGAGGUGAAUACAGCCAUAUUAAAAGAGGCCUUGGAUCCCUGCCAGCCUUUGUGUUCAUCUGGACAUCCACGUUUACUAAGCCGGCGUCGAACGCUGCUCGAGCCUUGCUGUUCGCUGAAUAUGCCACCCAGCCCUUUUACGGCAAGUGCCCCGCACCGCAAGUGCUGAAGAAAUGCUUGGCCUUGGCGGCUCUCUGGUCCCUGGGGAUUUUGAACGGGCGCAGUGUCAAAAUGGCUGCAUGGGUACAGACGGUUUUCACUGUGCUGAAGAUGAUGGCGCUGUCUGUCAUCGCCGUCGGCGGCAUAGUUCUGCUCCUGGGGGGCAGAAAGGAGCAUCUGGCGAGAUUCGAGGAUGCGUUCGGUUCGGAGAUUCCCAACGCGGUGCAGAUUGCCGAAGCCUUCUUCCAAGGGCUAUAUGCAUAUGGUGGUUGGUGGUCCCUCAAUUACAUGGCAGAAGAGAUUAAGAACCCUAGUAGAAAUAUUCCUUUAACUGUGAUGACUGCUGUUCCUGCAGUAAUUGUGUUUUAUUUACUGGUAAAUGUCUCAUAUCUGACUGUCCUCACACCUAAGGAAAUUGUCUCCUCAGUUGCUGUGGCAGUCACUUGGGCUGAUCGAGUGAUUCCCUCUGUUGCCUGGAUCAUUCCUCUGUCUGUUGCUGUCUCAAUAUUUGGUGCCCUCAACAGCAGCGUGUUCACAUUAGGUCGAUUAAGCUACGCUGGCAGUCAGUCAGGACAUUUACCUAUUUUAAUAUCUAUGCUUAAUGUCCACUCCUGUACUCCAGCACCAGCCAUGAUUUUUUCAACCAUCAUUGCAUCCAUUUUUGUUAUCCCCUCUGACCUUAUUACGUUAACAAAUUACUUUGGAUUUUCUGCCUGGCUUAUGAUUGGAUUGACUUGUACAAGCCUGAUUAUACUUCGGUACCGGGAACCUGAUCUACAUCGACCGUAUAAGGUGUUUCUACCAGUUCCAUUUGUGAUGGUGGCAAUGUCUUUCUUCUUAGUUUUAGCUCCUAUUGUCUGGUCUCCAAAGCUGCAAUACGUUUAUGCUUUCCUGUUUAUGCUGGGGAGUCUCAUUGUUUAUUUGCCUUUUAUACAUUUUAAAUUGCAUUUUGCAUUUUUUGAUAAAAUUACUUGCUACUUACAGUUACUGUUGGAAGUUUCUCCUGCUGAUGGAUGUGCUGACAGCAAAUAUGAAUAAUGGUAAACGUUUCAUCCCUGUACAACUAACAGCCAAUAGAGGAUUUUCUUUAAGGUUGCCGAAGCCACAAAUUACACGUUAGGUGUCAGGUGUGCACGUGCCUCUGUGUGUAAAUGUGUGCAUAUAUAUGUCAUUUAUAUGCAUAUAUUUUUAUGCAAACAUCUAUCUUCAUGAGUUUGUGUAUAUAUAUGUAUGUGUGUGCAUAUAUAUGUGUAUAUACACACAUACUUAAGUUUGUACUUAAGUGCAUAUAAAUUAAACACUUAAGUACUUAAGUGCAUAUAUAUAUAUGUAUAUAUACACACAUACUUAAGUUUAAGAAGUGCAAACAAUCUUCUUCAAACUGGUAAAGUCUGUAAAAUGCUCCCCCUUGCUCUUGAAACCAGGAUUAAAGUUGUGUAUCUAUUUACGUGUAGUAUCUAACAAAACUAAGACUAAAUUGCAGUACAAAUAUUUGUCAAUAUUAUCAUAUAAGAAAUAAGUAAGUACAUACUUAUCAGCAUCUUAUAUAAAUAUACUUUUGGUCUCCAAAGUAAGUCUUUCCAAUUAUUUUUAGUUCUUAUUAGUUUCUUUAUUAGACCUUCUUGGUUUAAAGGCUUUGUAGUUCUAUUCAUCUGCUGUUUUUUUCACCUGAAUUUAUUUUGAACAGAAAACUUUGAAGAACAUUGUAAUCUUGAAUGAGACCUUUUUUAAUCCCAAGGAAAGCAUACAAGGUGUGCCUUAGCUAUUUUAGAAUAACACAUGCAAAUAGGGAAUUAAAUCUUACUAAAUAUCAAAUAAGGUAAUAAGAAUUAUUUCUGCCCUUUGUCACACUGUUAAAACUCAGAUCUUUAAAGACUUCACUAAAUUGUGUAAAUCUAACUAAGCAUUACCAUUGCAAUAUUCCUUACUUUAUGUUUGACUGAGAAAUAUGAGCUUUUUUAGACCCUUCCCCUCCAUUUUUUUUGUUUAUGAAAAUAAGAUAAAUAAAUUCUUGCCUAUUUCA